UUUUUAUCGAAUUAUUAAUUAAUCAAAUCGCUCGUCGACGCGAUGAGAUUUAUCGCGCUCGUAUAUUUCUUGACGUUUUACGGCCUGGUCGACGCGGCGCCGGCAGCCAUGGCAGCCAAAUUGAACAUGUGGAGAGAAUUCAUGGAGGGAAUAACGUGGAUCAACAGCUGGAACCAGGCGAGAAACAAUCCUGAUGUCAUUCUCGACACGCUGGAGAUGAUAAGAAAAGCGGGUUAUCCCGCAGAGGCUCAUGUUGUAACGACAGAGGACGGUUAUCGCCUGACGUUACAUCGAAUCCCAGGUGCAAAUGAUUCUCUACCUGUGCUACUGCAACACGGUCUGUUAUGUAGCUCCGUUGACUGGAUCUUUCUUGGCAAAGGCAAAGCACUCGCUUAUUUAUUAGCGGAUCAGGGAUACGAUGUUUGGUUGGGCAAUUUUCGUGGUAAUACCUACUCGAGGGCGCAUAUUUCCCUAUCUCCGUCGAACUUGACAUUCUGGGAUUUCAGCUUCAAUGAAAUGGGCAUCUAUGAUUUACCCGCGAUGUUCACAUAUAUCACGAAUAUUACAUCUCAAUCAUUGCACACGUACAUCGGUCAUUCUAUGGGUACAGCUAGUUUUUACAUAAUGGCAUCAGAGCGUCCGGAAUUCGCACGAAUGGUGCAAAAGAUGAUCAGCUUUGCACCAGCAGUUUUUAUAAGCCAUAUGAAAAGUCCGCUAAAAUACUUCUCUAAAACAUUUCCCUUGGAAUUAUAUAAGCUGAUCAUGCGACAUUUUUUCCACAACGAAUUCCUGCCACAGAACAAUUUUUGGAAGUAUCUCGCAAAAUAUGGUUGCGAACAGAAUAUUAUUGAGGAAAAGAUCUGCGCCAACUUAAUAUUCAUAAUCUGCGGUUACGAUCGCGAGCAAUUGAACUACACUCUACUACCUAUCAUCUUAAGUCACGAUCCGGCUGGAGCCUCGACCAAGACAAUUCUGCAUUAUAUCCAGAUAUACCAAACCGGCAAAUUUCGUAAAUACGACUACGGUCUUGAUAAAAAUCUGUUGGUGUACAACUCAUCGGAACCUCCGGAUUACAAUCUGGCAAAUAUUACGGUCCCGAUCGCGUUGUUCUACGGUCUUGGUGAUUGGCUCGUUGAUUCCGUGGAUGUGAAGAGACUGUACCACAUAUUGCCCAAUGUAAUAGACAUGUACGAAGUGCCGUGGCCCGAAUUUAAUCACGUGGAUUUUAUGUUGGCCAAGGAUGCGCCCAAACUCGUGUACGAGAGAGUGUUCAAGCUUAUGAAGGGGGAAACUUCGAAUAAUAUUACAUCGAUGAGAUAAUAUUACAUCGUUAAUUAAAUUAUAUAAAUGAUGAAUAUUGCAUGUUGCUAAGUCUUUACUAAAAUUGAGUUGCAAUCCUACAACUGUUAACUCAAUGGAACGUAAACUGAUAAUAUUCUUGUAUUAUUUAUAAUUACUGUAAAAGCGAAUUAGAUUAACGCUCGCGUUUUUAACAAUCCUUGUUCCUUCUAAUCAUUGCGAUGGAUUGCAAAGAUAGCUGCAAUGUGAUCAGUAUAAAUGUCAAUUUGCAAAUAU